GCGAGGCGAGUGUACGGAGGUGCACGGGCGCUUCGCGCAAACGGUUCAGUACAGACUGUUUUCGUUCUGUCGUUUCAUUCAAUCGUGUUCCUCUUUAAACCACCUGACGACAUUAGCUACCCGCUAAAGUGUGUGUAAGAACGAAAGGAAAGGCGCCGGUUCGCGAGUGAGAAACCCAGUGGAAUAUCGUAAGGGUGUCUCUCCACCAGCCCACGACUAAAGGGCAAGAGAAAUGGGCCGGUCCGUACUUACGUGAUAGGAGGUGCACGAGCGCGCGCGCGCUCGCGCUCGCACUCGCUCGCGUGUGUAUGUGCGUGCGUGUGUCAUCGCUGUGCGAGUGUGAGAAAGGAGGGUGAGCUUCCCUAUAUUCCGAAAGUGACCGGGUUCGUUCGUUAAGCUUAACGUCGCAGCCCAAGAUGACAGCCAAGUAUGUUUUCAUGACGCUGAUCAACGCGGCUUUGCUGUUGACGAUCCUCUCGGAGUCCACCGGGGCCUCCUGCAAGUGGUUGUCCGAGGGUGGAAACGAGACGCGUUCCGCGGACUGCUCUCUCAGGGUAUUGGAUCCCGGCACAAUCACCAACCUGGUCUCGUCGUUGGACGGCGCUCUGAAAUUGCGGAUCCGUUGCAGUGACGUCCAUCACUUUGAGAGCAGCUUUAACGCGCAGAGCUGGCAGCGCUUGACCAGCCUGCACGACCUCCACGUGCACGGGUGCAAGGUACUACGAAUACCCGAAGGAGCCUUCCAACCACUGCUGGAGCUAAAGAGACUAACCGUGCAAACCUUCAACGCGGUCUGGGGUGCGGGUCGUUAUCUGGAGCUCGCCCCGGAUUCACUGCUUGGCCUGCGGGAGCUGCACACAUUGGAGUUGUUGGAAAGCAACGUGCAGGCGCUUCCAGUAGGACUACUUUGCGGACUGGAUAAUCUUCAAACGUUAAACCUCACCGGCAACCGCCUGCGGGAUGUGAACGAGAUAGGGUUGAACCGAAGGGACAUCCUGCCCGAGGAGCCUUGUCGAGCAGACAUUCGCAUUCUGGACUUGUCACGGAACGACAUCAAACGCCUACCUCAGAACAGUCCGCUGCUCGGUCUGCGUCAGUUGCAAGAGUUACACCUGCAGCGGAAUACGAUCGUGGAGAUUGCCGGUGACGCGCUCAGCGGACUGACUGUACUGCGUACCUUUAAUGCCAGUUAUAACUCCCUGGAUUCGUUGCCCGAGGGCCUGUUCGUCAGUACGAGGGAUCUCCGAGAGAUACACCUGGCGUACAACGGACUGCGCGACCUGCCGAAGGGUAUAUUCACCCGGUUGGAGCAGCUGCUGGUGCUCAAUCUGGCGGGCAAUCGGUUGGGCAGCGACCGAGUGGACGAGACAACGUUCCUGGGAUUAAUUAGACUGAUCGUCCUGGAUUUAUCGUACAAUCUACUAACGCACAUCGAUGCUCGUAUGUUCAAGGACCUCUUCUUCCUUCAGAUCCUUGAUCUGAGAAACAAUUCUAUAGAUCGUAUAGAGAGCAACGCCUUUCUGCCCCUGUACAACCUACAUACCCUUGAGCUGUCCGACAACAAGCUGCACACCGUGGGAGCACAACUGUUCAACGGCCUGUUCGUGCUGAAUCGGCUCACGUUGUCCGGCAACUCUAUCGCGAGCAUCGACCCGCUGGCGUUUCGCAACUGUUCCGAUUUGAAGGAACUGGAUUUGAGCGGUAACGAGCUUACGGCCGUGCCUGACGCGCUGCGCGACCUGGCUCUCUUGAAAACCCUCGACCUAGGCGAGAACCGGAUCAGCAGUUUCUACAAUGGUUCGUUCCGCAAUCUGGAUCAACUAACCGGAUUGCGGUUGAUCGGUAACGAUAUCGGGAAUCUAUCGCGCGGGAUGCUCUGGGAUCUGCCCAAUCUGCAGAUCCUGAAUCUGGCCAGGAACAAAGUGCAGCACGUCGAAAGAUACGCGUUCGAACGUAACCAGCGACUGGAGGCGAUCCGGCUGGACGGGAACUUCCUAUCGGACAUUAAUGGUGUCUUCACCAGCAUCGCCAGUCUGUUGUUACUGAAUUUAUCAGAAAAUCACAUCGAGUGGUUCGAUUAUGCCUUCAUCCCUGUGAACCUAAAAUGGCUGGACAUACACGGAAACUUCAUCGAAAGUCUGGGGAAUUACUACGAGAUCCGUGACUCCAAGGUGAAGACACUGGACGCAAGUCACAACCGCAUCACGGAAUUGUCGCCUCUGUCUGUGCCCGACAGUGUAGAGUUACUGUUCAUUAACAAUAACUACAUCAGCGUGGUACGCCCCAAUACCUUCACGGAUAAGGUGAACCUGACCAGAGUCGACAUGUACGCGAACAUGAUCGAGACAAUGGAGCUAACGUCGUUGCUAUUGACCAAGGUCCCCGAGGACAAGCCUCUGCCCGAGUUCUACAUCGGAGGCAAUCCCUUCAAUUGCAACUGCUCUAUGGACUGGCUGCCGUCGAUCAACAAUCAGACGUCGACGGGGGAGUACCCUCGCAUUAUGGACCUAGACAACGUGAUGUGUCGCACAUCCGGUCCACGUGGCGUAGCCAUCGUACCCGCUUCCACGGCGCGGGCCGAGCAGUUCCUCUGUCGCUACGAGGCCCACUGUUUCGCCCUUUGCCAUUGCUGUGACUUCGAUGCGUGUGACUGCGAGAUGACCUGCCCGGCCGGCUGCAAGUGCUAUAACGACCGCACAUGGAAAACGAACGCCGUGGACUGCUCCGGCCUCAGCGUCGAGGAGAUCCCCAGGCGCAUACCGAUGGACGCGACCGAGGUGUACCUAGACGGUAACGUGUUACGCGAGUUGCAAAAUCACGUGUUCAUUGGGCGCAAGAAUAUGCGGGUGCUUUACGUGAACGCAAGCGGCAUCGAGUCCAUUCAGAACCGUACCUUCAACGGUCUGAACAACCUGCAAAUUCUUCACCUCGAGGACAAUCGAAUUCGCGAACUGAAGGGAUUCGAGUUCGAACGCUUAUCCCAUCUGCGCGAACUGUACUUGCAGAACAACCUGAUUGGUUUUAUCAGUAACCUGACCUUCCUGCCGUUACACUCCCUCGAGAUACUAAGACUCAGUGGUAAUCGACUGGUGACCUUCCCUGUGUGGCAAGUCACUCUGAACGCUAAGCUCGUGGAGCUGUCCCUGGGCAGUAAUCCGUGGUCCUGUCGCUGCAAGUUCCUCCAAGAACUGUCCUCGUGGGUGUCGGACAAUGCGCACAAAGUGGUGGACGCUAGCGACGUAUGGUGUUACUAUGGGGGUGACGCGAGACCCGCUUACCGUCGGCGGUUGAACGUCAAUGAGACGGUCUGUUCCGAUUACUUUUCUCAGGGAGGCGUGAUAGAGAGCAUCAUGAUUUCCGAUUACCUGCCUCUGGUAGCGGCUACCUUGUCCGCGGUGUUAGUCCUUCUGGUGAUCAUAGUCCUCGCAUUUAUAUUCCGCGAGCCAGUGGGCGCCUGGGCCUACUCGAAAUACGGUUUGCGGUUUCUGCGCGCGAAACCAGGGAAAUCCACCGUUGGCACGGCGACAAUGCCUUCUGCGGCACCGAUGUCCGCUUGCUGCGACGGCGACCGUGAACGCCCGUACGAUUGCUAUGUCUGCUACAGCCCCAACGACGAGGACUUCGUGCUGCACUCGCUGGCCGUCGAGCUCGAGCACGGUACCGCGGGUCUCCGACUGUGCCUGCACCAUCGCGAUCUCCCUUGCGUGCUUCGGGCUUCUGCUCCGGCCCCGGUCAUUCUGGAGGCAGUGGACGCGUCGCGCCGCGUGCUGCUCGUCCUGACUCGCAACUUCCUGCAGACCGAGUGGUCCCGCUUUGAGUUCCGGGCGGCGCUACACGAGGCGUUCCGCGGUCGGGCCGCCCAAUUUAUUAUCGUGCAGGCGGGCCACGCGUGUCCGGAAGUGGAGCGCGAUCGCGAGCUGCGACCUUACCUACGCACCGCGGCGGCGAUACUCACGUGGGGGGAGAAGAGGUUUUGGGAACGCCUCCGGUACGCGAUCCCUUCAACCAACACGGGAGACAUCUCCGUCGAGAGUAAAUCCUCGCCGCUGGUUUACAAGCGUAACAUCAAUACGUACACUCUGGACGGGGUAGGUAGCGAGAAGAGUAGCAUGUCCACCCUACGCGCGCAAGAAAGGCAGCGUACUUUCUUCAAGGAUUCCUCUCCGACGACCGCACUGAUGCUGCAGCACGCACCUCCUCCCGCCUACUCCUGCGGUACCGUGUCCGUACCGCAGCAACCUCCUUCGUCGCCGCAGCCCAGGCUGACCGUCAAUCACGCUUAUCGAGACGCGGUACCAGGUAACAACCUCAUCGCCACGACGGUCAGCAGCGGUAGCAGCGAGGAUCACAGGAGACCCCUAUCCGAGCAUAUAUACUCCUCCAUCGACUCGGACUAUUCCACCUUGGAGAGGACCGCCUGGAGGCAGCAGCAACCCCCGCCCCCUCCGCCCCCGCCAUCCUCCGGACAGGCCUACCUCGUCUAGCUUCGCGACGAUUGUGAUACGUUCUCAGAAGGAAGAAGCUUGGUCUUGCUUUUUGUGUUCACACAGGGGGACGUGUUCAUUCUGACGAACGAAAGAUAUUAUUUUCUGAGUGUCACAGGUUCUCGGGAUGAUUAGCCGAUGCUACUUGCUCGCUUCUCGCGAGACGCGCUCGCUCUUUGUAAUUGUUCACUUUUCCACUCCUGGCAUUGCUGCUCCGUCCCCUUCUUUUGUUGUCGUUCAUCCUCCUCCGGUACGGUGCGCGCGCGCGCGGGCGCGAAACUUCUGAAUGGCGUCUCGCAAGAAGCCAAGGAGUCAGCGAGCGAUAAACACGUCUCCUUUGCGGGAAAUCGUUCAUGAGCGUGUACAUAUUCUAUUAUAAUGAGCGCGAUAUGUAAAUACAGCUACAAUAUGUACAUAAACAUUAUACACGAUUACGUCCUAAGAGAGAGAGAAUGUAUGAAGCGAGCGAGUGUUUUAGCUUCGAUUUUCAAUUCUCUAGGUAGACGACCUUUUUGUAAUUUUAUAUGUCCAACGAUACUGUACGAUAUGUAAAUAUGUAAGAUAUUAUUCGUCGCGUACAGAAUUAAGAGUGAGAAAAGAUGAAGGCAUGUGCUUGGUGAUCACGACACCAGUGUCGUAAGAACUUCAACUGUAUACUUGAUUUUAUUUAAAUCAUGUGAAUAAAUU